AUGUACCAAUGUGCAACAUUCACCGAAUAUUCGGCUAAAAAUAUAUGUAACAAAGAAGGCCACUGUUAUCCGAAAGUAUUCAUUGCAACAAAUUAUUUCCAAGAAGUCUUAGAAGGACAAGAAAUACCUGCAGGGCUUCAUGUGAAAAUUGAUUUCGUUUCUGGAAAAAAAUACGCAAAACUAUUAGAUCAUAAUAAUAAUGAACCAUCGGACAUUAUCAUAGUUGAUAAAGAUGGCUCAAUUCAUUCGGAUCCAGCCCAAAUUGAAUCAUCUGAAGUUGGUACUAAUCAAGAUUCAGAAGUUCAUAUACACCACGAAGAUUCUUUAGAAACUAAUAGCUCAUUUCCGGUUAUUCCACCUGGACACAAAGAAAAUUUUCGCAUACCGCAUUCAGAUAAUUUACUUUUUGAAGAAUGUAUUUUUAAAUUAACCACCACAUCACAAUCUUUACAUGACAUAAUAUCUACCUUGGAUAGUUUAGAAGAUUUAGUUCAUGAGUUGGAGUUUGGUAUAAAACUCGCUAAAGGCAAUGGCCUCAUCUCAAUUGUUAAACUUUUGGACAACGAUUCAAAUGAAGUCAAAGAAAAAGCUGCUUUGGUAAUUGGUACUACCAUGCAGAACAACCCAUUGGCUCAGGAUGAAGCAUUAAAAUUGGAUCUCAUACCUUACCUUCUAGAUUUACUGUCUUCCGAGACAGAUAUAAAACUUUCUUCUCGUCUUUUAUACGCUUUAUCCAGUAUAGUUCGUGGUAAAAAAGAGUCAAUACAGUCUAUCAAAGAUAAUCAAGGAUUGUCACGGUUGGCAGUUAUAUAUCAAAAAUUAGAAAAUAACGAAUUCCGUGCCAAAUGUGCUUUAUUCGUUACCGAUUUCAUAGAUCCAAAUAUGUUCAAUAUUGUUCAUAAAAAGUUUAAUCUUUUCGAUCAACAUCAUCAUGAUGGCAUUAUUUCAUCAUUUGAAAAUACCAUCGAAACUUGGUGCAAUUUGUUUCAGGACACACUAUUCGAUGAUAUGGACAAUGAUAAAGAAAUCGAUUUUGAUACACGUGAAAAAUUACUUAGUGGGAUAUCCAUGAUUAAGAGUCAUUAUUCACGUCAGUGCCCUUUACGCAACGGAUUUAAACAUUGGUUAUUAAAUCAAAUUAAUUUGGAUGACGAUGAAUAUUUAGAAGAUUAUUUCCGUUUAGUUAACCAAGUCAAAAUUCAAUAUGGAUUAAUUUAA